CUUUUGCGCCCGUCGGCCUGUCGGCGGCGGCAACAAAUAUCCCUACGCUAGGUGUACCGCUUGCCUGCAGUGCUGUCUGCCUCUACGAGUCCCCGCCCCGGCGAGCCCAGGUACCUUCUCCUAAAGGGGCAGCAGAGGGAGAAAUGGCGACAAGGUUGCUGCCAGCCCAGGCUCUGGAGUCAGUGACAUUCAGGGAUGUGGCCGUGUUCUUCAGCCAGGACGAGUGGCUGUGCCUGGACUCGGCGCAGAGAACCUUGUACCGGGAGGUGAUGCUGGAGAACUACAGCACCCUGUUCUCGCUGGGGAUUCUGUUUUCCAAACCAAAGGUUAUCUUCCAAUUAGAGCAAGGGGAAGACCCCUGGAUGGUGGAAAAUGAAGUUUCUCAAAGCACGUGUCUAGGAUGGGAGAGCUUGUUUGAAACCACAGUGUCUGAAGAAGAAAAUAAGGAAGUAAUGAAUAAACUCAUAGGUGAUGGACCUUUUGACUUCAAAUUGGGAAAAAUCUACAUAAAUGAAGACAAACCAGAGAAUCAGCAAGGCAAGAAGAACAGACUUUUCAGGGAAGUCUUAGUUACCAUCAAGAAAACUUGUUUGGAGGAGAAAAGCUUUACAGAUAUUGAACUUGGGAAAAGUAUUGAUCUAAAAUCAUCAUUUAUUAGAAAAUCCAGAAUUGUUUCCAGAGGAAGGAAGCCCCGUUCACAGCAGUAUUCAAUUCUUUUUAAACAACUGGGAAUCAACAUGGUGCGUAAAUGUUACAGGUGUAAUAUCUGUGGGAAAAUCUUCCUCCACAGUUCUUCCCUGAGUAAACAUCAGAGAAUCCAUACAGGAGAGAAGCUCUAUAAAUGUAAGGAAUGUAGGAAAGCUUUCAGCCAAAGCUCAUCUCUAACUCAGCACCUGAGAGUUCAUACUGGGGAAAAGCCUUAUAUUUGUAGUGAAUGUGGAAAAGCCUUCAGUUUCACUACAUCUCUCAUUGGACAUCAGAGAAUGCAUACUGGAGAGAGACCCUAUAAAUGUAAUGAAUGUGGGAAAACAUUUAAAGGUAGUUCAUCCCUUAAUAAUCACCAGCGAAUUCAUACUGGAGAAAAGCCCUAUAAGUGUAAUGAAUGUGGGAGAGCCUUUAGCCAGUGCUCAUCUCUUAUUCAGCAUCAUAGAAUUCAUACUGGAGAGAAACCAUAUGAAUGUAGUCAGUGUGGGAAAGCCUUUACUUCAAUAUCACGGCUAAGUAGACACCAUAGAAUUCAUACUGGAGAGAAACCCUUUAACUGUAAUGAGUGUGGAAAAGUAUUCAGUUACCACUCAGCCCUUAUUAUACAUCAGAGAAUUCAUACUGGUGAGAAACCCUAUGCCUGUAAAGAAUGUGGAAAAGCUUUCAGCCAAAGCUCAGCUCUUAUACAACAUCAAAGAAUUCACACUGGAGAAAAACCUUACAAAUGUAAUGAAUGUGGGAAAGCUUUCUCCUGGAUUUCACGGCUUAAUAUACACAACAGAAUCCAUACUGGAGAGAAACCAUAUAAUUGUAAGGAAUGUGGAAAAGCCUUCAGUUCCCACUCAGCAGUUAAUACUCAUCGAAAAAUUCAUACUGGAGAGAAACCUUAUAAAUGUAGUAACUGUGAAAAAGCCUUCAACCAAAGCUCAGCUCUAAUUCAGCACCAGAGAAUUCAUACUGGAGAGAAACCAUAUAACUGUAAGGUAUGUGGGAAAGCCUUUAGACAAAGUUCAUCCCUUAUGACACAUAUGAGAAUUCAUACAGGAGAAAAGCCUUAUAAAUGUAAAGAAUGUGGGAAAGCUUUUAGUCAGAGCUCAUCCCUUACAAAUCAUCAGAGGACUCAUACUGGAGAAAGACUAUAAGUAAAAUGCAUGUGGAAAAAUCUUCCAGCUGAAGUUCAUUCCAUAAGAACUAUCAAAGAAUUAAUCCUGGGGAGGAAAUCAUGAAGAGUAGUUAACUGUGGAUUAAACUUCGGAAUUUAGAACUCAUCAAACAUCAGAGACUUCUUGAUGCAGGAGAACCUGAGGAAUAGUAGGAAGGCUUCUAUAAAAUGUUUUUUAUAUGUCCUUAAGUUAUUACUAUAGGAAAUUUGUCAAAUCAAAAGGUUAGUAUUUUACUUUCUUUCUGGUGAUGUAUGAUAACAGCCACCAGCUUUCACAGGCAUCACUGGAAAGCAUGCUGAUUUAUGGAAAAGUGCAGCCAUAAAAUCUAGAUUUCAGAUUAAUCUAGGAGUCUAUUUUUUUGAAACUGCAUUUGAGUGUUAAUGUAGCCAGUUGCACUAAGAAGAAUGUUUUGGAAAGGAAAUGUGAGCAGGUGACCUGGAGCUACCUCACUGUCACUAAAAUUUGUUUUGUAAUAGCUUAAAAGCAACUUCUGUGUUUGGUGGUGGUUAAAACUUUUGAGUUGUUUUUCCCUGGCUUCCUAAGCCAUGUACUUGAAAAGAAAAUCACUCUGUAAACUGUUUCUCCCUGGCUUCCUAAGCCAUUUACUUGAAAAGAAGAUCACUCUGUAAACUCA